UUGUGGAAACUUUCCUAUGAGGGCAAAACAACAACCCGAAAAUACACUUUGAGGACCUCGGAAUGUGCGCACAUUUGCACCUCAAUACCGCAUCUCGUCGUCGAAAUGAUGGUACAGUUGCCUCGCUGCAUCGACUCGGUGGCUGUUGUGGCGACUAUUUGCGCCGUGUUGUUGGCGAAAAGCUGCGUCUGUGUGAAUGAGGAAGAUGAAGUCCUGGAGAAAAACCAGCUCAUGGAGUUUUACAAAAAGGGUCUGUUCAUCCUGGAGAGUUCUCAGCUAAAGCGUUGCAUCACCGUGGAUCGCUCCAACCUGGUGCUGGAGAACUGUGAACGUCCCACGCGUCGCAUGCUGUGGAAGUGGGUGUCCCAACACCGGCUCUUCAACUUGGGGACCAGCAUGUGUCUCGGCCUCAAUACCUCAGAUACGACGCAGCCGCUUGGGACGUUUGAAUGCGACAUGGCCCUCCGUACACUGUGGUGGCUCUGCAAUGGGAACACUCUGUAUGGGGCGUCCCAGAUGAAGCUGUCUGUGGCUGGCCGGUUGGUGGUGGUGAAGAAAACCUCGUACCACCAGUGGAGGAGGUACAACACCCCUGGAGAGGGGCCCUGCUCGUACCCCUAUGAAGAUAUCCAUACUUUGUUGGGAAAUGCACACGGCAUGCCCUGUGCUCUGCCGUUUAAAUACAACAACAAAUGGUACUCAGAGUGCACAGACGAGGGGCGUGAGGACCAUCAUCAGUGGUGUGCUACCACCACCCGCUAUGACGACGCCGAGAGAUGGGGCUUCUGUCCAGUUCAUGAUUCAAGCUGCGAGACGUUUUGGGACUCCAACCAGGAGCUGCAGGCUUGUUACCAGUUCAACCUGUACACCAUCCUAACCUGGAGUCAGGCGCUCUCAACCUGCCAGGCCCAAGGUGGCAAUCUGCUGAGCAUCACCAGCCUGGCAGAGUACAGGUACAUCAGAGAUCGACUGGCUGAUUUCGGGGUGAUGGUGUGGAUCGGGCUGAACCACCUUAAGAAUGGUCGUGGGUGGCAGUGGUCGGAUGGAGCGCCGCUAGCUUUGGUCAACUUCACCACAGCCUUGUCUCCCAGCCCCCUGCAGGACAACAGGCAGUGUGGAGUGUACAACUCAGCCGUCGAGGGUCACUGGCAGAGCCUCUCCUGUGAGUCCGCACUGCCUUACAUCUGCAAGAAGACACCCAAUGACACCCGGAAAGCCGAGCCGCUGAAGAACUGGCAGUAUCACCACACAGUGUGUGCGGACGACUGGCUGGCCCAUAACGGUUUCUGCUACCGGCUGCUGGCAGACGCAAGAAGUUGGGAGGAUUCGUCUCAGGCCUGCGUCUCUCACGGGUCGAACCUCACCAGCCUCCACACACUGUCUGAGGUGGAACUGCUCCUCAACCUCCUGGCCAACUUCUCAGGAGAGAGUCCAGAGGUGUGGAUCGGUCUGAAGAGAAGGGCGUCGUCUCCGGCUGUGGAGUGGUCUGAUGGCUCCUUGGUAACCCUCACUCUGUGGCAGCAGUACCACCCUCCUCACAACCUGACCAAUGCCACCCUCUGUGCCAAGACAAGCAGGAAGGAUGGUAACUGGCUGUUAGCGUCAUGUGAUGAGCGACUGCCUGCUGUGUGCCGGAGAGAGAGCCAGACUCCCGUUCAGGACACUGGAGCGUGGGAUGAGGGUUGUCCUGAGGGCUGGAAGCGCCAUGGCCACUCCUGCUACAUGGUGACCAGCCACGAGCAGAGCUACGAAGACGCACUGAAGGGAUAUUACUGCACAGCUCCGCUCCUGAUUGUGGAAAACAGGUUCGAGCAGGCAUUCGUCAACAGUUUGCUGAAUGAAAGGGGCGCCAACAGCAGCAUGAAUUACUGGAUUGCCCUCCAAGACCAGAGCAGGACAGGAGAGUACAGCUGGCUGGGCCAAAACGGCUCCACUCUGCCUCUCACCUUCACCAACUGGAACAGACACCAGCCAGUCAGUGCCGGAGGCUGUGUUGCUAUGACAGGUGGAUCGGCCCUGGGUCACUGGGAGGUGAAAGACUGCAAAUCCCACAAGGCCUUGUCAGUGUGUAAGCAAAGCAUCAGCAGUUACCAGGACGUCCAGCUGCCGGAGCACCACAUUGAUGUGUACGCCCCCUGUCCACCAGGCUGGGAAUCACACUCUGGGCUGCUCCACUGUUUCAAGGUGUUCCACGACGAGAAAGUCCUGAUGAAACGUUCCUGGGUGGAAGCAGACUUCUUCUGCCAGGCCCUGGGCGCUCAGCUGGCCAGCUUCCACCACUAUGAGGAGCAGGUGUUUGUUAAGCGGCUCCUCAGUACCAUGUUUGAAGGCACAGAGGGUCGCUGGUUUUGGGUAGGCUUGAACAAGCGAGACCCAGAGGAGCUUGGGACUUGGGAAUGGUCCGACGGUUCUCCUGUGGUGUCAUCCUUCAUAGAGGAUAAGAACGAGGAGGAUGACAGGCGUGACUGCGCUGUGUACAGUGACCUGACCAAUGCUCUCCUGCCACAGCCCUGUGAUGCCAAACACGAGUGGAUCUGCAAGACCUCCAGAGGCACUGAACUGAAAAAACCAUAUUGGUACACUGAACAGAGCGAGCCCUGGGUGUUUUACCGUGGAGCGGAGUACUUUCUGGCCAAGCAGUCUUUUGCGUGGGAGGCCGUCUCUCAGGCCUGUCAGAUGAUGGGAGCUCAGCUGCUGUCCAUUCACUCUAAAGGGGAGCUGCACUUUGUCAAGGAGCGCAUGAGGAGGCUCUCCUUGGGCCCGACUGACUGGUGGAUUGGAUUGACCAUCGAUCUGCCCAGAGAGUUCAGGUGGAGUGACAAGACAGAGCUAGAUUUUGAGAACUGGGCGGAGGGAAGUGGCUAUGGUGGACCUGUGAAACGGAGGAUGUGUGUUACCAUGUCUUCGUCAUCCGGGAAGUGGUCGGUAGGUGAGUGCAGUGACGUCCACGGCUACGUGUGCAAGAGAAAGACUGUGUCUGUGGUGGAGACUCCCAGGGAGCCACACUACGUUGGAGGCUGUCCGGAGAGAUGGCUGUACUUUGGUCACAAGUGUCUCUUGCUGCACCUCCCUGACACUCCUGAGGAGGGCAAGAGCUGGAGGGAUGCCCAGUCCAUCUGCUCCUCGUUCCAAGGCACACUGGUCGCCAUAGAGGACGAGAUCGAACAAGCCUACAUCACCAUGCUGCUUCAGGGCAGCGCUGUUGGCGUGUGGAUUGGUCUGCGGGAUGAAGACACCAUGAAGUGGACCAAUGGGAGACCAGUCAGCUACACCAACUGGUCUCCGAUUGAACCAAAGAGCUCUCUCACUGAGGAAGAGUGGCUCAGUGAACCUGCUGACGAGCCUCUGUGUACAGUUCUGUCCAACAACCACAACUUCCACCUGGCAGGGAAGUGGUUUGAUGAGAAGUGCACAGAGAGCGGGUACGGCUUUGUUUGUCAAAAACCUCAAGAUACAUCCAAACCCCCCACCCACUCCUUCCACCACCCUCUCCCUGACAAUAUUGAGUACAGGAGCCGCAACUACAGGGUUAUAUCUGGCAACAUGAGCUGGCACAAGGCCCUGCAUUUGUGCAUAGACAAUGAUUCUGACCUGGCGAGCAUUACAGAUCCCUACCACCAGGCGUUCCUCACAGUCCUCGUCAAUAGAUUGGCAGUCGCCCACUGGAUUGGUCUGUAUAGUCAGGACAAUGGUAUCAACUACCAGUGGUCAGAUGGCAGUGACACUGUGUACACACACUGGGAUGCAGCUGACGAUGACGAGGACUUUGUGACAGGAGACUGUGUGUAUAUGGAUGUGAGCGGAGGCUGGCGGAGAGCUGACUGUGAGACGCCGCUACCGGGAGCCCUGUGCCACGUACCCCCACCCAGGAGUAAUGCUUUUGCCACGUACGAAGUGGUAUGUCCCUCCACUUGGGUAAAAUUUGAAAACGGCUGUUACAACUUUGAGCCCGUGGUGCAGAGACUGACUUUGGAGGAAGCCAGAGAGCACUGCAGACAGAAAGUCAACACCUCAGACGUCCUGACCAUUGCGAGUGAGACAGAGAACCGCUUCGUUCUGGAGCAGCUCUGGUCGUCCGGGUUCCCUCAGCAGACUGUGUGGCUCGGGAUGCACUUCAAGACUGACACUGGUUCCAUGGCCUGGGUGGAUGGCUCCCCUAUGGACUAUACCAACUGGCGCUUCAAAGCCCCAGACACCAACCUUCUGACUGCGGACGUCUGCGUUUCCACCCGGGUGGUUGAUGGAGUGUGGUACCUCUCACGGUGCACUGAGCGACUGGGCUUCGUCUGCAAAACCCACUCAGAUGUAGUUACUGAGGUGCAAGUGGAGCCACUAAAUGAGAUACAUCACGACGUCGUCCCCGCAGCAGUCCUCGUGGCGAUACUGAUCUUUGCCCUGCUGGCUGGAGCUGUGUGGUUUGUGUACAGGAGGAACGCUGCACAUUUUCACAGGCUCCCAACUCUUGGCAGUGCUUAUUACAGACAGACCAGCUCACAGGCCACAGAGUCCGAUGGAAACGUGCUGAUCACAGACCUGGAGGCUCACUCAGGAGAAUAGCAGGAUACUAAAUCUCUCUCUCUCCCUCUCUCUCUCUCUCUCUCUCACCAUUUUAGUUAUGGAUGCUACAUGGCAUUUUAAAGCUGCAAAUGCUGACUCCUCAGGACAGUGGUGAGAUGAUAAGAGCAAACAGUUUUGUCAUAAAUGUAGAAAUAUAUUUGAAGGUUGCCAUUGGCACCCACCAUUAUUGUAAUCCUCCUUUUUAAAUGAUUGGAUGGAUUUCAUUUAUUUAAAUGAAUGAAAUGGGCCAAACUAUGUAUUUUGAUGUUCUUUUGUUGGCACUGAAGAGCCACAGCCAGUGGGAUCUCUGUUAUAUGAAGAAGGGUGACGGAGGUUUGGGUGAAUUUUUUGUGGUUCACUAAGAAGAGACUUUAAAUCAGGGACUCUUGAGAGCUUUAAUCCUGAAAUAAAGAAGUGCAGAACACUAAAUGUUUGUUAGAGCCCUGAAAAGAGGCAUUCUGUCCAGGAGAAUGAUUUAGUCACACCUAAUUGGAGAGAUUGGAGAUUUCUAUGAAAAAUACUUUGGACAAUACAGAGAAGUUUUAUGUAUUAAAAUAGUUUCAUACUGUUUGUAAGCAAGGAAAAGUCUAGAUGUACUCGUCAGGGUCAGGAACAUUUGUGUUCAUUUCAUACUGUGCAAAGGCACUGAGAGACAGGAAACAAAGUGGUGGCAAAAGAGAAACACAGACAGUGAUCAUAAUGCAAUUGUAUUUUGAUUCAGCAUUAAGGACUCGGUCAUAUGAGCUGUCCAGUUCAUAUGGUAGAGUUGUUUUUGACAGUAUUACAUUUUUAUGUUUAGUUUAUUAUUUUGUUUUUUAGGUACACAUGCUGUAUAUUUGAUACUGUAAUUAUUUGUAAGUUCUAUGCUAUUAAUAGAAACUACACAAGGAGCAUCACUGAUGAUUGGAUUUCUUCACUGUUUCUGAUUAUAUGCAUAAUCAGCAUAACAGAUUCUGUGAUGUAUUUUGCACAGUUGUCUUUUGUGUCAAUAAAUUGAAGGUAGGCUUAACAGA